AUUUUGAUGUUUUGAUGAUGACAAACAAUCAAAUAAACAGUUUACAUUAUCAUCAUCAUCAUAAAAAAAAUCAAAAAUCGAACGCAUCAUUUUAUUUGUUGAUCAUCGAAUGAUCAUCAUUUGUUGCUGAUGCUCAAAACUCAUAUUACACUAAUUAUAUUUGAUCGAAUUUGCCAAAAAGAAAAAAUUUAUUGUUUUCUAAAUCAAAUCAUCAUCGUCAUCAAAAUAAUUAGUGAAAAAAAAAAUCAAACGAAAAAUGAAAACAAAAAAUAAAUCCACAACAGCAGCUAAUUCUGUCAAUUCUAUCAAUCAACAACAACAACAAGCUGCAGCAUUAAAAACAAUGUUUAAUAAUGUUCUUGAAACAAUGGAUCGUUUUCUUGAAACUGAAGAUAAUCUUAUUGUACAAGCAUUGAUGACAUUAGAACAACGUACAAAUAUAUCAAAACAUUUUUUAGCACGAAUAUUAUUAAUAUUAUCAAUUGGUUAUCUUAUAUUUAGCUAUACAUUCCUGGAUACAUUAUCACGCAUAAUCAUGUUUCUUUAUCCAUCAUAUCGUUCAUAUUAUAAACUUAAAUAUAAUGAUAAUUUACAACGUGAAGAUCUAAUUGAUCUGGUUAAAUUUUGGAUAUUUAUGUCAUUUUUCAUUACUGUCGAUUUAUUGUUUGGAAGUCUAAUUCCUCUUGGAUUUGUUAUAAAAGGAAUAAUACUUGUACAAUGUGUAAUACCUAAUAAUCCUACAACGAUACAUUUUGUUUAUGAAAAUAUUAUUAAACCAUCUUAUGCAUAUCUUGAAGAUAAUGAUUAUAUUCAACAAUUGAAUCAGUAUUUUAACCAUCAACAAUCAUAUCAUAUUCAUCAUAAUUCUAAUGAUCAAUUAGAUUCGGAUGAUUGUCAUGUUCGAUGACAUCGUUGAAAAAAAUAAAGAAUCUGUUUUACAUUCGCUUGAAUUUUUUACUUUACUUAGGAUGAUAAUUUCCAAUUUUAUAUUUGAUUUUUUUUUACAAUUGAUUUUGAUUUUUCAAAUUUCAC